UUGCAAUCCUUGAGGCUAUUUCUGCUCCGUUGGAGUUUAAACUUUGCCACUGAGUGAAAGAAGCUUUGGGGAGAAGCAGAGAGAGAGAGAAGACUCAUCCCAGCCACCAGUGCUUCCCGGGGUUCGCCGGGAACCCCCAGUCCACAUCAGCAGAGGCUCUUGGAGUGGGACUUGGCUAUAGACAGAGCAGACAUGGCCUCCAGCUGCCAAAUGGGCAGCAUUGACAGCCUGGAGCUGCUGGACCUGCUCUUUGACCGACAGGACGGGAUCCUCCGGAACGUGGAGUUCGGGGGCCACACGGCCGGCUGGCCCGGGCCAGAGCAGAGUCAGCUGCCCGGUGCCCAGGAGAACGAGGAUUUCCUCAGCUCCAUCCUGGGCUCGGGGGACUCCAGCUCUGACUCCCCGAUCUGGUCCCCUGCAGCCAGCGACAGCGGCAUCUCUGAGGACCCGAACUCGGACCAGCUCGACAGCCCCCAGCACUACGUGCCCACAGGCAGCCCGGGGGGCUACUCGGAUGGGGGGCCCGGUGAGCCAGCGUACCCCUACCAGGAGUCCUCCCAGGCCCAGCCCGCUCCCAGCCUGCCUGGGGCUGACCUGCGGGAGGCCGAAGUCUCCAUAGACCUCGACAUGUGGAAUCCUGGUUUUUUCUCGGAGAAGAGUGGCGACUUGCCUGCUCCCACUCAGAUCGCCACUUCCUGCACCCUGACGGUGAAGGACCUGCUGCUGUCCAGCAACUGUGAGAUGCAGCAGCAGCAGCUGAUGACCCCAGUGCUGUUGAGACAAAGUCAUGGGCACUGCCAGGAGCUGGUGCUGACGGAGGACGAGAAGAAGCUGCUGGCCAAGGAGGGGGUCACGCUGCCCACCCAGCUGCCCCUCACCAAGUACGAGGAGCGAGUGCUGAAGAAGAUCCGCCGGAAGAUCCGGAAUAAGCAGUCGGCUCAGGAAAGCCGGAAGAAGAAGAAGGAAUAUAUCGACGGGCUGGAGAGCCGGAUGUCGGCCUGCACGGCGCAGAACCAGGAACUGCAAAGAAAAGUGCUGCACCUGGAGAAGCAGAACUCGUCCCUCUUGGAGCAACUGAGGAAACUCCAGACCCUCGUGGUGCAGUCGACUAACAAAGCCGCCCAGACAGGGACCUGCAUCGCGGUGCUGCUGCUCUCCUUCGCCCUGAUCGUCUUCCCCUCCAUCAGCCCCUUUGCCCCCAAUAAAGCGGAGCCGGAAGGUGACUUUGGGCCGGUGAGAGUAUUCUCCAGGUCUCUCCAUAACGCUGCCUCCUCCCGGGUGGUCUAUGCCCUGAUGAAGGACGGCGCCGAGAGCCCCCAGGAGCCGGAGAAUCCCGUGUGGACGGAGUACGCCGGCGAGGCCCAGGGCGAGCCCCGGGGAGUCCUCCGCAAAUUCCUCAGCAGCCAGGCGCUCGGCAAGCCCCGGGCAGAGGCUCCACAGGCCAACGGGACCGGGGCCCUGCCGCAGGACGGACACUCGGACUUGGAGGGGCUGAGUCACGACGGCCCCAUGGCGGCCUCGCUGGCCUGGACAGAGCCCAGCCAGGUGCGGCUGGAGCCGGCCGAGGAGCUGUGAACGCCCCCGGCUGCCUCCCCCGUGCCCGGCCAGCGACGGAGUGAGCGGGAGGGCCGGGAGCCGCUGGCCAAGACCCCGGCCGGGGAGGGGGGCACUGAUGGGAGUGCUGCCCUCGGGGGCUGCCUGGGGUGGGGUGUGGCAGAGCGCGUGUGGUGAGAGUGAGAGAGAAAGGGGGUCAAAAGAGGGGGGGCAGCUGGCUCCUCGGAGACUCCAGCAAUCGCCGGGGAGGGGAGCCUGGCCCCUGGGCAGCUGCCAUUUCACCCAGCCCAGACCUGCAGGGGAACAAGACUCUCCGGCCCCCAUCCAGCCUUCCACCCCCCUGGGCUGGGGCACGGUCACCGCCAGGUCCCCUGGAAAUUCCAUGGGCUGGGAGGUUUCCCUGCGAAUUGUCUGACAUUUCCCCGUCCUCUACUGCCCCUUCCCCCCUUUCGGUGACGCCCGUUGGGGAUUGCAGACGUUUAUCCCAGCGCUGCCUGUCCGCCCGUCCCAGCCCCACAUUUGCGUCUCUUCUCUGUGCUCCCUCGGCUUGGGGAGGGGAGGUGGGGACCUACACAGAGCGGCCCAGGAAAGGGACGGGUCGGUCCCCUCCCGGCCCCACGGCACGUGGCCUCUGGGUGCAUAGCCCCCAAAUCCCCUCAAAGGCCCGGGGAGGUGGGCAGAAACCGGGCCGCCCUGCAGCUCCACUUUGCAGGCUUCUGGGCAGCCUGGAGCGGCUGGGGGGUGGAGGGGGAUCCAGAGGCAGUGGGGAAGGGGACCGGGCAGUUUCCAAAUGGGAGCCGAUCCUGUCGGAGAGAGGCGCAAGGGGGAGCGGGGCCCUUUGUGAAAAUGGCGGGGGACGGGCUGGAAAACCACGGGUUGCUCUCCCCAGUGUGUGGGGAGCUGGUUAAUACUCAAGGAAGGCCCCGGGGACAUUGGCUAGGGGGCUGGAGUGCAAGCGAGUCGGGGCUCGGGCUCUGCCUGCGCCUAGCACUGCCUCUCCUGGGGGGCACGGAGGGGAUGGGGUGGGGAGUUGAAAUGGCCAGGCACUGCCCGGGGGGCACAACCCCUCAGGAGCCAAGAGCUUGCACCUGAGUUCAGCAAAGCAGCGCUGACCGCACCUGGCAGCUGUGAUGCGCCAGGCCCGGUGCUGGGAUCCGGCUUAGCCGCCAGGCAGAGGGAAAGCGUCAGGAGCUGCGCGUGUGUGUGAGUGUGAGAGAGACGCUGCUGUUGGUCAUGUGCACAGGGCCCCCGGCCGCGCAGUUCGAUGGGACGCCAGGGCUAAGAUGCUGGAACUGAACCACCUAAGCAAGGCAGCGUGAGCCCCGCCUGGGUGCCUCCCCCACUUCCCUCGGGGAGCCUAGUCCCCAGGCUAAUAUCCUGCGGGGGAGGCAUAGGGAGAACCCCUGAGGUGGUGGCGACUGACCCCACCUAGGGUCUCAGAGCCCUUCCCCAGAGGGAGGCCUGCGAAAUCCAAGGCCGCCCGCCGGGGCCCCCAUGAGAAUAUAGUAUUCUCUAGUAUUGCAACCUUUUUUAUUGGUAAGGGGCCCCCGGAAACUUAGCUUUG